AUGUCAUUCCAGGAAUAUCAUGAUAUGAACGCUCCCAUGUCACAUUAUUUCAUGUACACAGGACACAAUUCCUACCUAACUGGGAAUCAACUAACCAGCGAGAGCAGUGAUGAGCCAAUUAUUGAAGCUUUGCACCAAGGUGUACGAGUAAUUGAACUAGAUUUAUGGACAUCUUCAUCUCAAGAUGGUAUUAAAGUUGUUGGUGGAAGGACACUUACCACUCCAGUCUCCCUAACCAAAUGUUUGGAGUCCAUUAAGGAAUAUGCAUUUGUCAAAUCAGAUUUUCCAGUGAUUCUAACUCUGGAAGACCAUCUAACAUCAAAACUUCAGGCUAAAUUUACACAAAUGGCAACUCAAAUAUUUGAAGAAAUGCUUUAUUAUCCUCAGAUAGAUUAUUUGACUGAAUUCCCCUCUCCUGAAUCAUUGAAAAAUAGGAUAAUUAUAUCAACCAAAACACCAAAGGAAUAUUUACAAUCUGAGAUAUCAAAUGGAAGUGAAUCUUCAGAUGAAGAACCAAGUGAACAAGAAUUGUCAGAUUCUAUGGCUAAACUAAAAAAAUGUAAGUGAUGAAGAUAAGGAAGAUACGAAUGCAUGUGAUAACAAAGCAAAUGAGAAAGGUGCACCUGAAUACAAACACCUAAUUACAAUCCAUUGUGGGUAUUCAAAAGGGCCUAUGAAGGAUCGACUGAAAGUUGAAGAUAAAGUGAAAAGGCUGAGUUUAAGUGAGAAGAAACUCAAAAGUGCUUUUGAAUCUCUUGGAGCAGACCUCUUUAGGUUCACACAAAAGAAUAUCCUCAGAGUUUAUCCUAAAGGAGAACGUGUCAAAUCGUCAAAUUUUAAACCACAUUUAGGGUGGAUGUAUGGAGCUCAGAUGGUGGCAUUCAAUAUGCUGGUUAGAAAGUUAAGACCAAUCCACGAAAAAUAAGUUUCAUCUUUCAGUUUUUCUUUAAUGUAUUGUGGUGCAAUCUUGUAUUCAUCAUAAGAUAUUGUUGAGUCAUACUUAUAUACAUGUGAAAGUAGGAAUAAAAACCUUUUAGGCUUUCUUUUUUUUGAUAAAUAAUGUGUUUGAUUCUGCGGUAGGACGCCUCAUAAUCCCUUUGGGGAAGAAGCUAUCAAGUGUAGCUUCUGGAUUUUGGA